CUCAUCCUCUCUGUGCACCACCAACCAUGGCCAAUGUUGCUCUCAAUCCGCAGCCUAACCUCGCCGCCAUGGCUAAUGCUGCUCUUAGUCCGCAGCCUGAGUUCGCCGUCAUGGCAGCCGGUUGCGAGGAGACGGCCAACACUUUCACCUUGGUGAUACGAACUCGAAACUGCCAGAAUUUGCCAACUCUGCGAGGCUACAACGAGAUCGUGACUUUGUUGCGGCGCAUUAUUGAACGACUCGACCGCAUUAUUGAACGACUCGACCGCAUGGAGGAGCGGCUUGACCGCGGGUUCCGUCGUGUCGAGGUGCACCAGCUGAACAACCAAGCCCGCCUCGAGAACAGCUACAAUAUCGCUGGCAACGUCGCUGAGGACCUCACGCCGCUCUAUUCGUCAACAGCCGCCAAUGCCCAGCUACAAGUUAUCCCGCACUUCCCCUCCCGCAUCGAGGACAUCAACCAGUUAGACACUAGACAAGUCAACGACUUGCUCCGUCAUUUGGAGCAGAGUACUGGCGGGAGCCUCGCCCAGCGCAGGUCGAGGCUCAAGAGAGCGGUGGGGGGGUUCAUUCGCUACAAUACCUCGGCUGUCUAAGCUCUGCGGCAUACUUGCUGGCGUUUAGGGCGAGGCAUUGUUUGUUAGCACUAGCAUUGGGCUAGAGUUAGGGAUUUGGGUGGCGACGGAAGGAGACUGGCGAAAGAGGGGCCUCUUUAGGUAGUUAACUCGAAUAGCAUUGGGUACGGAGCACAUGGUCCAUGCAAACCUUUGGCGCCUGCACAGAUGUCGUCGUGUUGCGAGUAGUCUGGAUUUGAUGUUCUGUGGCUGGGGCGCUCUGCAGUGGCUUGUGGGGCUGCAGCAGGCUCUGAUUGGCGGCCGUACACGCUAGCCGUAUAUAGUAAAGCUGGC